GUAAUUUGCGGAAGUGAAUCGGACACGCGCUUUUUGCGCCCUCUAGUUACUCCGUCAUGCGCUCGCUCGUCGGUCUGAUCGCUGUAAUAUUGACAGCUACUUUUUACCUUUACUUGCUGUCCUCUUAUCUCCCCCCUGGACCUCGGCUGCCAAAGCAAGAGCACGCGGGACAGACGAUCACUUCUAAAGAUGAAGACAGCCCCAGUGAGACGGAGACUUCAGCCUCCAGGUGUGCUUUUCUUCCAUGUGUGAUAAUGACUACCGUCUGCCUUUCGCUGCGCAGCUCUCGCGGCCGAUUUUUCAGUCUUAUACGAAACGUUUUGAGGAUGUGUAGCUUGAAAAGUGUGAAAAACGUUUACCAAUGUCCGCCCCGUCACGUGACUUUAUUUUGGUCCAGGUUGAAGUUCCCAUCAGACCUGGAUGAGCUGAAAGAGAUGGCAGAGCUGUUGCAGUUUUAUAAGACGGAGCACACAGGAUAUGUGUUGUUACUCUUCUGCAGUGCCUACCUCUACAAGCAGGCUUUUGCUAUACCCGGCUCCUCUUUCUUAAACAUCUUGGCCGGGGCCUUGUUUGGGACGUGGUAUGGUCUUCUCCUCGCCUGCGUCCUCACCACGGUGGGCGCCACUCUCUGCUUCCUGCUGUCCCGGGCGUUCGGCAAACAGCACAUUGUGAGACUCUUCCCUGACAAGGUGGCCAUGCUGCAGAAGAAGGUCGAGGAAAACAGAAGCAGCUUGUUCUUUUUUCUGCUGUUCCUGAGAUUCUUUCCCAUGAGUCCAAACUGGUUCUUAAACAUGACCUCCCCAAUACUGAAUAUUCCUGUCGCUCUCUUCUUCAUGGCUGUAUUCAUUGGCCUGAUGCCGUACAACUUCAUCUGUGUCCAGACGGGAUCAAUGCUGUCUCAUAUCUCCUCGCUGGACGACUUGUUCUCCUGGAGUGUGGUGUUGAAACUGCUCCUUAUUGCCUGUGUUGCUCUGCUGCCUGGAGCUCUGAUCCGUAAAUACAGCACUCAGCAUCUCCAUCUGGACGGCCUUGAAACAAAUGGACUCAGUCAAGACAAGAAGAAGAACAGAUAAGGGACGGUGUGGGGUCAGUCAUUCAGUCCCUCUUGGCUGAUUUGUGGGUGGCUACUAUUUGUAUCUAAAGUGACCUUGGAGAGCUCUAAAAUCUUUUUUUGGCCUCACAUUUUUUAAAUUGUCAUUUUUACAUAUUCUUUAUUUGGAAGCUGCUUUACUGGCAUGGGUUGUGAUGUGAGAAAAAGGGACUUUUUGCUGCCUUUUUCUAGGAUUUCUGUGUAUAUAAUUCUGAAUCCUGCCUUUAUGUCACAAAAUGAUUAAGCAUUGGGUUUUACAUAUUGUACAUACUGUACAUUUAAUCCAGUGCACAUAAGCCAUCCAUAACAGGCUUUUAUAGUUAAAAAAUGUGGAGUCUAGCAGCAAAGUAUAGACAUUUGAGGUUUUUAAUACCCAUAUUCUGUAUUUACAAACCGUAAUAAUGUGGAUAUUGUCAGCCUUAAACGUGACCUACCUCACUGAAGUGAAACAUGUAGUAUUCCACUUUCUUGGAGUACUUGUAAAUAAUGGAACAUCAAGCUGUAAAUAUUUACUAUGGGUACGGUUUCUUUGUGGAAGGAGGCAUUAUGUGAAGUCCCUGAACGCCUAUCCAACUUAAUAAUGUUGAAAUGAUAAAUUAAAGCAAAUCUUUUCUAUGCAUAAAUGGCAUUAGCAGUGCUGCGAACAGAAUGCAGUCUUUUUAUUCACCGAACACCCACAUCAUGUGAGUAAAGCUGUUUACAGUGUGAUCAGUCAUCUGAUAAUAAACUCAUUCCAUUAGCUUCUUUCACAACA